UGUCGAGGUGAUGCACCAAUCGUUUUACGACGGUUUGACCUUCAAGUGCCCACAUCUUUAAUAAUGGACAAGACUGUAGCGAUAACCCAACAAACUGAACUUCUGACAAAACUACAUUAUCCGUCAUCUGUUUUCUGAUCACGAAACAAAUUUCUGUGUAUAUAAUCAGUCAACAUAAUAGAAAUUAUACCUGUGGCGCUAAAAACAAUUUCCAAUGUGUAUUCCUCAUUACUUGAUUGUCGGUGGUGGCUUGUCCGGUUUAGUUACUUCUUACCUCAUCUCGUUAACCCGACCAUUGGGGAGUUACCGUCUAACAGUUUUGGAGAGUAACAGUAGGUGGGGUGGUUGGAUUCAAUCAGUUAAAAAUAUGGAUACUGGAUCAAUCUAUGAAAUUGGUCCACAUAGCGCUCGUGCAAAAUCUGCCACAUCAGGUCUUUUGAUGAGAAUAGUGAAAAGUUUGCAUCUCGAAAACUCACUUGUAUGGAUGAGACAGGGUACAGAUGAAGCGAAACGAUUAAUCUAUAUAAAUGGCCAACUGUUGCCACUGUCUGCGUUCAAUUUUUCCACUUUAAAACCACUCACUAGGUCCAACUGUAGUUUAAUCAUCAGGCGGUUAUUUUCUCGACGCCCACCAUCUCAGUCAGACUGGACUGUUGAUGAAUUCCUUCGCUCUCGUUUUGAUUCCGAAUUCGCUGACUACUUUGGCAGUGCUCUGAUGAGAGGUAUCUUUGCUGGUGAUUCACGAAACCUUAGUGCUCGUGCUUGUUUGCCUACGAUGGUGAAGUCGGAAGAAUAUGGACCGAAUCUUAUUCUCGGGAUUCUACUUUCAUCGAUAAACCGAUCUUUAGAUCGUAUCGUUAUACCAAAUAUGAUUGACGACAAACUCCCGCAACUGAAUAACUUGGUUCCAUCUGAUGCGAUUGCCUGGACUUUAUCAGGUGGAUUGGAGACACUGAUUAACACUAUUGUAGAUCAUUUAAGUAGGAAACAUCCACACAUCGAUUUGAAGUUAAACUCUUCCGUUGAAAAAUUAAAAUCUCUAAAUGGCUGCUUUGAGUAUACAUACAAGGUCAUCGGUGAUAAUGGUAACGACAAAGAAAAAAAUACAGCCGAUAUAGUCUUUUUUUGCUGCCCAUCCUUCAUUACAGCAAGCAUUUUGGAAAACAUACUGACUACUGAAACUCUAAGCUAUCUGAAACCCGACUCUAUUCCAUGGGGAAGUAUUGUCAGCGCUGUCUUAGAAAUAGAUGACUCCUUUACUCCCUUAGUACGUGGGUUUGGGCACUUAGUACCGCGUACGGAAGAUGAACAUAUUUUGGGUGUAAUAUACGAUUCCUUUGCGUUCCCGAAAUUGGAUGGAUUUAAUAAAAAUUUACGAUAUACAGUAAUGAUGAAACCAUUUCGUGAAUGGCUCGAAGCCUCCACAAGUUUAGGUUCCUCGGAACACCUGAAAAACACCAUUGAAGAAGUUGCGAAAACCGUCCUUAUAAACCAUCUUAAAAUACCGGCUCCGGUCAUUGUUGGUCGUCAUAUUAGUAUUCUCCGUAACUGUAUUCCCCAGUAUCCUCCAGGUCAUUUAACUAAUAUGGCUAAUUUGCGCAACGGCAUUCGGCGAAUUUCGAAUGGCCAUAGUUCUGGCCGAAGUGGUAUAUAUCUUGUUGGUAAUUCGUACGAUGGCGUUGGGUUGAAUCAUGUUGUCUAUAGCGCUGCAUGUGCAGUCGCAGAAGAGUUCAGUUCAUCUUCAUGAAAAUAGUUUUUUAAAACCACUGUUCACAAACCAACUUAUGUACAAUACUCUGCUUAUUAAUAGCACUAACGUAUGAAGAUGUCUGCUAGAAGAUUAUGGAUGUAAAAUAAACCAUAUACAUUUUGAAAAAACCUGUUUUUGGUUUUUAUAUUAAAGUUACUACAUUUUCAUCCUUUUCUUCAGCACAUAACAGGAUCUUGCAAAUUUGUAGUUUAUCAUUGGAAUGCUUAUCAUAUUGUGCAAAUAUAUCCCCACUAAGUGUUUUUUUUUUAUUUUUUUGAACGGAGCGUUUUGGAAACUGGAUUGAAUAGUUGGUGACGAAGAUAGGUAUCUCUUGAUAAGAGAGCUUCCAUAAUUAGAAGUUGUUUGGCCUGUGUGAAGAAAACUACAAAACUGACAGAUCUUGAUUACCAAUGAGAAAAGUGAAUUAGUUAUCAAAUGGAUGACUGUAGGAUUGGUUUAACAUUACCAAAAAACUAUUAUGCUUGAUUUCGAUAUUUAUAUCAAUCAUCCGACAAACAUUUAUUAAUCCACUUGUUGUUUUGAAUCUAAGAUCAGAAGUACUGCUGUUCAUUUCAGGUUUUGCAGGAGAUUUUGAGUGAUUCUGUUCAGUAGUAGGUAACUGAACUAUUUUUAUACCUAAGCUUAAUUAGCUUAUCAUUAGUAGUUAUUUAUUUGAGCACAUAAAGGUUUGUACAAAAGGGCACCAGAAUAUAUAUUCGCCACACAAAUCAUUUAAUUUAUGUGUGGGUUGGAAUACUUGCCGGGUCCCCGAAGCGAAGCAGUUAGUUUUCUUAGGAGGACCACUCCCUUACUUUUUGACCUAGAGGUCUAAUCCACAAGCCAGCGUAGCAAGGUUAGGGGAUGCGGUCCUGUGGUGGCCGGUGGCGAAGAAUAGGUUCAUACGCCAUUUUCUACCUCAGGAUCUUGGAGUACAUGUUCACCCAUUGGCUUAGAAUCAGGGUUUUUCAACGCCCGUAGUUGGAUCUUCCAUACCCAUCAAUCCGGUUUAAGCGCCGGACAUUAGCUUUUCAUCCUCUCAAUUUCCUAAACACGAGAAGGCGGUGAAUAGGACUUCCCUGCCAACGGAUAUAUACAUGUGGCCGUAUGACAGCGUUUCAAAAGGGGGGGGUGGGCUCUUCCAACUCUCGGCCGUACCAAGUCAUUUGCUUAAGCUAGUUGUGUUAAUAGCACAUUGUAUUGUUUAGCAAACCUAAACGUCUAGUCACUUUAGUUCUUCAAAGGUGGGAUGCGAUUCUACAAAAGGAACUUAAAAGUUUUAGCCUGACUCAGUUUGUAAAGUCCUUAAUCUUUGACUGCUCGAUAUUCCCAGCGUCCUUUAAGAAGGAAACCUAGUUCCAGGUGAAUAUUACAUUUUCACCGUCAUCUCAAGUUAGUAUUCUAUUACGACGGGAGAUUUGAAGCAGCACUAAUAGCAUUGUUAUUUCCAUCUCCAUAUUUGGUUAAUUAUUUGUUAUCUGAUAAGUUAACACACUACUUUGGCUGAGUCAGUCAACAACGUAGAAUUUCGUACGUACGUAUAUCAGUCCGAGUUGCCACACCAUAUUAGCACAGAGAUGCAGUUGUCGAUUCAAAUCCCGUAAUGGUAGAGGUAGUAAAAGUAUAAGCAGUAAUCGGAAAGAUUAGGGUUUGAAGAUAUUAUUUAAGGAGUAUAAUCCAGUGAAAUAAAUUUUGAAAGAGAAGAAAGGGGACAUGAAGAAUUCAGAAGAUUGGAAUUUGGGAAAACACAAAGAGUGGAUGCACCUGCGCCAUGUCAAUCAAGGUCUCUAACCAUCGUUUGCUAUCGUCUCACGGAUCCCAACCAUUUUGUCUACACCUACCAACAUGGCUCAGCCCACUUGUUAAUGACUUUAUGGAUUUGUGCCAUGUUUUGGUCUGGCCGACCAUAGCUUUCUUCCAACCUACUCCUACACCAUAAAACAUCGCACGUCAGGGCAUUUGGUGGUUGGGCAUACGUAACAUGUGUCCCAGCCAUCUCAACUGAUGAAGUUUCACUACUUCAUCAAUUGAUUUGCCAUCCUUACCCAGUACCCGUUUCCUAACAACUGAGUUACUCGGUGGUCCCAGGAUAUAUGAGCAAUGCUUCGAAGAUAUAUAUGAUCGAAUAAUAGUAACUUACGAAUGUCCUCUACUCUUACCGGCCAUGUUUCACUGCCAUAAAGUAGGUCAGAACGAACUGCUGCGCAGUAAACACGUCCUUUGGUUGAUAGACGGAUAUCUCGCCUACGCCAUAAAUGACGCAAGUUGGCAAAAGCUAGUCGA